GCGCGCGUGCUCUCGGUUUCAUCGUGGCGGAAAUUGCGGCAACAUGGAGCGACUGACUCUGUGUGCGCUUGUUGUAACGUUAAUCGCUGCGGUGUUCGCCGCAAAAUCACCAUAUCAGUCUGUUCUUCAGCACAGCCGGAUAAGAGGACGACAGCAUGGCCCAAACGUUUGCGCUAUGCAGAAGAUCCAAGGAACCGAGAAGAAGUACUUUACCAACUGCAAGCAGUGGUAUCGCCGCAAAAUAUGCGGAAAACCAACUGUGAUUACCUAUGAAUGUUGCCCUGGUUAUGAAAAGCUGCCGGGAGAAAAGGGCUGUCCUGCAGCUUUACCUUUGGUGAAUAUCUACAACACCAUGGGGGUGGUUGGAGCCACUACUACUAAGAUAUAUUCUGAAAGAGCUAAACUGAGAGAGGAAAUUGAAGGACCUGGCAGUUUCACAUUCUUUGCCCCAAGUAAUGAGGCAUGGUCUGCUCUUCCCAUUGAAAUUCUGGAUGCUUUGGUGAGCAAUGUCAACAUUGAGCUCCUCAAUGCAUUACAUUACCACAUGAUAAACAAACGCUUGACUUCAGAUGACCUUAAGCAUGGGUCAUCCUUCUCCUCAAUGUACCAGGAUUUUGAUGUUCAUAUCCAUCACUAUUCCAAUGGCAUUGUGACUGUAAACUGUGCAAGGCUGGUGAAGACUGACCAGCAUGCAACUAAUGGAAUAGUUCACGUUGUUGACAGAGUUAUCACAGCUGUCACCAACAAUAUCCAGUCUUUUCUUGAAACUGAGGAUGAUCUGACAACACUGCAAAAAGCUGUCGAUGAUGCUGGUCUUACCUCAGUGUUAGAGAAUCAGGGUUCCUAUACUGUAUUUGCUCCAACCAAUGAAGCAUUUGAGAAGAUUCCUCCAGAAAUGAUGAACAGAAUCUUGAACGAUCCAGUUGCUCUUAAAGAUUUGCUGAAUUACCACAUCCUGAAGAACAUGCACUGUGCUGAGUCCAUUUUGGCAGGGACUCCCCUAGAGACACUUCAAGGCACAGUGCUGGAGGUCGGCUGUGAAGACGACAAAAUGACCCUCAAUGGCAAAGCCAUUGUGACAAGCACAGACAAACUGGGCACCAAUGGAGUUGUCCAUUACAUUAAUGAGCUUCUCAUCCCUGACUCAGUUAAGACCCUGAAGGAACUUGCUGAAGGUGAUCCCCAAGUUUCCACAGCUACUAGGCUUUUCACAGAUGCUGGUCUAAAUCCUCAACUUUCGGGGUCUGAAGCAUUUACAUUGAUAGCACCUCAAAAUGAUGCUUUCAAAGGUACUGUUUCUAUGACACCCGCGAUGAGAAAACUACUGAGGAACCAUGUUCUGAAGGGGAAACUCUCCUCCAAGGGUUUGUACCAUGGACAGGAGCUGGAAACUCUUGAUGGAACUAAACUUAGAGUGUUUGUAUAUAGAAAUAACCUCUGCAUCGAGAAUGCCUGUAUUGCUGCCCAUGACAAAAAUGGUCGCCAUGGCACUAUGUUCAUCGUGGAUAAGAUUCUGGCUCCGCCCAUGGGCACUGUUAUGGAUGUUCUAAAGGCAGACAGUCGUUUCAGCACCUUGGUUGGCAACAUACAGAGGGCAGGCAUGACUGAGCUGCUAAACAAGAAAGGAACUUACACCAUCUUUGCCCCCACCAUUGAUGCUUUCCGUGCCAUGCCCGCAGCCGAUCUCAACAAAAUCACGAGAGAUCACAGAGAGUUUGCCAACCUUCUGAAGUACCACAUAGGUGAGGAGUUUCUUAUUAGUGGUGGUGUGACCUCUCAUACCAGAAUGAAGCCCAUGUCAGGGGAAAAGCUCGAGCUAGGCAUGAGGAACUCCACUUUGUACGUCAAUAGGGUGCAAGUCGUUGACGGUGACAUGAUGGCUACUAAUGGAGUCGUACAUGCCAUUAAUUCAAUCAUAAAGCCACUGCCCCCCAAAGCUGUGAGUGACCAGGCAGAAGACUCUUCAGCAAAACAUACUUCUGCAGUAAGGGCUGGCAGACAAGUUCUGAAAAAGGAUGAACUUUUCCAUAAGGUUGUGAACAGUCGUUCCAGCAGAACAAUGACUCAAGUACAGUAAACUCGGUGAAUUUAUGAAAACCUGAAGUUAGUCCAAAUCACCACUGAUCUUGAAAGACUAACAUGCACAACGAGUUAUUGUUCUGUAAGCAAUGAAUUGGUAAAUUAACUGAUUUGCAGCAAAACUUUCAGCACACCAAGGGAAAUGGAUACAUUAAAAGUGGAAACAUUUUACUAUUGUGUGUGAAUACCAAAGACCGUGUUGAUGGUAAUUACUGUAGUUAUAUAUUUGUUUAAUUGACUUGUAUCUCAAUUUAAAUUUGAUUUAGAGCUCUAGAGCCAACUUUUGAGAAAUGUUUUUUAAAUGUUUUAAUUUGUUUUCUACAUUUGGGUUUUUAUUUUGUUUUGUUUUAUUAUACAUGUAGCAUGUUUGCAUGGACUAAGUUGGAACAAAAACUGCUAUUCAAGCACAAGCAGUGCGGGCCAGGUUUAGAUUUUUUAUGGUGCAAAAGCUGUUCCUGUGAAAAUACACUCUAUUUAGAAUUUAUUGUACACAUGUUUGACAAAAAUGUCAUAUCUGUGUACCCACUAAGCAGACUCCUUAGCUAAGAUCUUAUAGAUAAAUGCCUGCAUAUCUCUAAUCCAGCCAAAAUAAAAAGAUCUAAAUACAUUGUAGGCUGUGAUUUCUUAAACAAAAAAAGGUUAGUUUGCACAUAUUUACAUUUACGGCAUUUAGCAGACAGCCUUAUCCAGAGUGACUUACAACUGAGCAACUGAGGGUUAAGGGCCUUGCUCAGGGGCCCAGCAGUGGCAGCUUGGUGGACCUGGGGUUCGAACCCAUGACCUUCCGAUCUUCCGACCUUCCGAUCAGUAGCCCAACACCACAAGAGGCUGAGGAAAAGCAAGUGACAUCACUGUGAUGGCUAUUUUGUCUGCUUAAUCCUGAUGGAGCUGAUUAAUGUGUGGAUGAACAAAGUCUUUCUGAUUAAGGCACAUUUCACAAUAAAAUUCCUUUUUUUACCCAGA